AUUAAACAAAAAUAUGGACCAUAAAAAGCCCAGCUAAACUACCGAAGUCUUCGUCUCAAAUCGCAAACCAUAAUUUCUGUUCUUCGUCAUUCCCAAAUCUUCGCCUCUCUCUCUCUCUCUCCCAUCGUAUUCAACAUUUCCGCCUUUUCUUCCUGGUGAUAAAUAUGGCUGGCUCAAAGGUUGCUCAUGCUGCCUUGAAAAGUCCCAGUGUUGUGAAAGAGAUAUUUAUUGGUUUUGGACUUGGCUUGGUUGCUGGUACCAUGUGGAAGAUGCACCACUGGAAUGAGCAGAGAAAAGUGAGAUCCUUCUAUGACAUGCUGGAGAAGGGCCAGAUCAGUGUGGUCGUAGAAGAGUAGAUCAUAUUUGAUGAAACUAUGUUUUUGAUUAAGUCGGUGUCUUUGAACAGCUCGUUGGUCGUUUCUGCUGCUCAUUGUAGAGGAAAGCAGUGCAUAAACCCAUGAUUAAUAAUUUUUUUUAUACUGAAAGUUGAUGAUGUGGAUUUUGUGUUAUAUCAUGUUUUCUCCACUCUUACUGCGGUGUAAACCUUGAAAGUUGUCAUUACCCUUUGAGGUGAAUGUUUAUGAGAACAUGAUAACUAUUUUUUUUCUGUCGUAGUCUUCUCUGAUCGUUUUUCUUUAGUAAACUGUAUAAUAUCAGUAUGCUUGAGAGUGACAACCUAAAUACGGAUGUUGUCUUUGUGAUCAGAGGCAGUUGUCCUAUAUCUUUCUUUUC